UUUGUGAUAAUUGUAUCAUUAUGGAAUAGUACUAUAUUCAAAUACAGUUGUGCUUAUUGUAUGGAGGUUGUCGCUUAACCUGCACCUCAGAUCCAAUGUAUUCAGAUGUGGAUUGGACACCUAACCCCUUUCCUCCAUUACCAACUCCUUCCCUGAACAUAUUGUCUGAAGCUGAUUCAUUACUUUGUCUUACUCCUGAAAAGUCUUUUAAAGACCACCAACCAAACAGUUCAAAUUCUACAAGUAAGGCUAGUGUUGGAGAUAAAACUGAAGUAAAUAAUGUUUUAAAUUCCAUCUUUUCAGUUGAGCAAAGUGUUGUGAAUAAAGACUGUCAAAAAAAUAAGUUAAAAAAUAGAAACUUCAAGAAUAGAGUGAACGACACACCAUGUUUGGCCAAUUCUGGUGUUCAGAAAGAAAACUUCAUGCAUUCAGCAAGUGAUAAUUCAUAUUUAAAAAGAAUUAAUUCCUGUUCAUCUAUUAUGGUUCCUCAACUGCCAGAAAUUGAAAAAGAAAAGAGACAUGUAUCAUUUGGUGGUUUUGAAAUUUUUCCAUCACAAGCAGCAGGUACUGGAGGUCACAUAAUACAGGAAAGGUCAAAUUCACUCUCAUCCAACCUAGAAAAAACAUCCAGAAGUACAGAGAAUAGAACAUUUGUAAAUAAGCCUAUGGCAACCACAAAAGCUGUUAACAAAUCAAAUAUGAAUUAUUGUUCAACCCAAGAAAGUGUUCCUCUUAUACAGAAUGAAUUAGGAGCUCCAAAACCAAAUUCAUCCAUCAAGGUUGUUCAAGAAAUGGAAAAACUUCAAAGAGAUGGUAAUGUUGAUGAUGCACUUUCUCAGAAGCUAAGAUCAAGUGACAAAAAUGGACAUACUAUGGAAGACAAGGUGCAGGCAGCUUUCAAAGUAAAUGUUCCAUUUGAAGUUCAAAUCUUCAGAGACCUAGUUGGCAUUGGAGUACCAGAAGAAAAACAGGAACGAUUAGCUUACUCUAAAAGAGCUAAACCUCCCCCACCGAGACUUCGAGAUCCAGAGCCCGAAUUUGAAGCCAUAAUUCCAAAAGAUUUGGUGAAAGAAAUAUGUGUGCCUAUUGAGCCUAUCCUACCGAAGCUAGAACCUCUUGAUCUAGCACCACCUGGUCAUGCUUUCAAACUGUACCAGAAUUUCAUUCAAAGGACCCAGAUAUACUAAUAUUUAUAUAUAAUUUUAAUCAAAGUGUAACUUCUAGUAUAGUAAUAAAAGAAAGAAAAAAUAGACAAUCUUGUAGAAGUCGUAUAGGUGCUCAUAGUUUCUGAGUUUAUAUAUUCAGGAAAGCAUUUAAUAGUUGCAUUAACAUUGUCAAAUAACUAUCUGACAAACAUCAUAUUUUCUGUGAAUAAUAAAGAACCUGCAGAGUUCAAAUUUUUACAACAGUACUAAGCCUUUUAAACCAUUGAAAUUAUUAGUGUAGAAGCUAGAUGGAUUAGUGUAAAUAAGCCACUUGGAUAUUUAAAAUGUUUAUUGAAUUAUAUUUGUUGCUGUUCAGACACACAAGAUAUAAAGUUUUCUUAAACUUCAUUUAUUGUAUUUAAAGAGAACGUGUCAAGUUGAGAAAUGUUUUUUUGACAACAGCUUAGAAGUGCAUUAAUACUGUAUAACUUGUCUUAAUUUAUAUGAAAUGCAGAUAUGAAAGGGGAAAAAAGUGAGAGAAAAAAAAGUGUAUAUAAUGGCAAUGCAGAAACAAGUGCACCACGUUUCCUUCAAGUGACUAGGGAGUUCAGCUUUUUGAAUGGUGUAUAAUUUUUUUACUUUUACAAAUAAACAUAAUCUUAUCAA